AUAGGUGUGGCCUUUCAUGCUCUGUCUUGCUGCUUUUUCAAACUCGAUUUCGAGAUCAAGAUAUGCCCCAAUACGUUCUUAUUACUACACAGAUAAGACUAGAAAAUGGUCCCACGAUUUGCGGAGAUGAGUUAAGCGACCCAGUACUAAUGGCUAAACUGGAUGCACAGCUAGUGAGGGAUGCUGGAAAUCCAUUUCAAGUCUACUCCAGCCCCCACCCACCUCGUGUUAUACUCAACAAGUUAGCGUGUGAAGGUUUCAGGGUAGUCUCCAUGGCCGGGAUCGGACAGACGUGCAUUUGGACACUUUAUUUAGAAAAUUAGACAAUUCAAAAAAAACUAGCCAUUGAACACAUUUUUAUGUUCUUAAUUAAGCAUCA